AAAAGGAGUUUUCCUCCUUCCAUUUCUCCUCCUCCUCCUCCUCCUUCCUCCUCUUCUUCUCAUUUUCUUCUUUUCUUAGUACCAUAUGAUACAUACCACACUCGCUAUUGGAGCCUAAAGCAAUAGCUUUAUCAAAAGUUACAUUUUCUUUUCUUCUUUUCUGUGAUUUCUUGAAAGAUGAUUCGCAACUGUUUGGUGAGUUCAAGGGGCUUGAAUCUAUUUGGGUCCUCCAUUGGGUUGUUCCUAAGAAGCCAUCACAAUAAUGCUGAUCCAUAUACAAGGGGAAAACCCAAUGCAGGUUGUAUCAGGCUAAAUUUUGAUGGUGCUUCGAAAUAUGGAACUGGCGAUGCAAGCAUUGGAGGAGUAUAUAGAAAUCAUGAAGGAGUGUUCUUAUUUGGCUAUGCUGAACGCAUAGGCAAGGCUACAAGUUCUGUUGCUGAAUUAGUUGCAGCAAAACGAGGCCUCGAAUUGGCCAUUAAGAAUGGCUGGUUCAACAUAUGGAUUGAAGGAGAUGCAAAAGGAGUAGUGGAUCUCAUUACAAACAGGAUGCGGUCAAAAUCCAAGGAAGAUCUUAGGCAUUUUAGAGAGAUAAGUGUGUUAAUUCCCCAACUGAAAUAUUUCAAGGCCUCUCAUAUCUACAGGGAAGGGAACAAGGUUGCUCACAGGCUUGCUAAAUUGGGUUACAAAAUGCACAAACCUCAAAUUUGGUGGGAUGUUCCUCCUGAUGAAGUACUACGGUUCCUCCGUCAGGAUGCCGAGGGUCAAAUCAUUACUCGGAGAAAGCAAAAUUUAUGAGAUGUACAGGAACUAUAUGAUCAAACCAUGUUUAUAAAUUGUACAUGUAUCAUCAUUUUUUCCAUUUUCAUUUACAACAAUGCCGACCAUAUCAUUUUGUAAAUGGAAUUUGUAUAGUUUAUCUUCAUGUGUCAUUAUAGGUGGUAAUUUAUCAAACCAUGUUUAUAAAUUGUACAUGUAUCA